UCUGGGCUAGUUGGGCUUCGGGUGGGCAUGGGCUUCGAGUGGGCUUUGUUGCUGGGCCCCACAUGGGCAAUGGGUGGGCAUUGAAUGGGCUAAAUUAACAUGGGCAAUAGGUGGGCUUUGUUGUUGGGCCCCACAUGGGCAGUUGGUGGGCAUUAAAUGGGCUAUUUAUCAUGGGCAAUAAGUGGGCUUUGUUGUUGGAGCCCAUAUGGGCAAUGGGUGGGCAUUGAAUGGGCUAAAUUAACAUGGGCAAUAGGUGGGCUUUGUUGUUGGGCCCCACAUGGGCAGUUGGUGGGCAUUAAAUGGGCUAUUUAGCAUGGGCAAUAAGUGGGCUUUGUUGUUGGAGCCCAUAUGGGCAAUGGGUGGGCAUUGAAUGGGCUAAAUUAACAUGGGCAAUAGGUGGGCUUUGUUGUUGGGCCCCACAUGGGCAGUUGGUGGGCAUUAAAUGGGCUAUUUAGCAUGGGCAAUAAGUGGGCUUUGUUGUUGGAGCCCAUAUGGGCAAUGGGUGGGCAUUGAAUGGGCUAAAUUAAGCAUGGGCAGUAAGUGGGCUCCAGCAAGGCUCCAUUUCAAUUCAAUUCAAAAACACAAGAAUUUUACUCCCACACCUCUAAGAUGCCAUAACAUAAUAUAAACAAUACAACGUUAAUUACAAUUGAAAAUAAAAUUUCUCAAUUUUAGAGCAUAAAAGAUAAAGUUUGCUAAAGCACACAUAUUCCGAGCACAACAAAGUUUGCAAUAACUGAAAAGAAAGCAGGCAUAUUCCAGUGCAACUCCUGCAGGAUAACCAAAGCAAGAAGCAAUGCAAACUGGGAAAUCUCCACCCCCUGUGAAAUGGAUACAUUUCGCGCAGUUUCUGCUGCUUGCUGACUGACUGGCUUUUGUCUCUGCUGCCUGUGAAGAGAAGAGUGCACGCACGAGUUGGAUCACUUAACAAAAGCAACAUAUGAAAGUGCACAUGCAAAAUUAUUGCAAGAGGAACGUAGACAUACUGACGUAAGCACAGAGCCUGAGUGUUCGGACGGUAUGGGCCGGGGGAAGCGAAAAAAGCGGCCAGUUGUCAUGUCCAGCGAAGAUGAGGAGAAUGAUGACAUCCAUCCUCUUCCUCCUCCACCCGGGGCUCUGCGAACGCCUCCACCUCUUCCUCCUCCACCCGGGGCUCUGCGAACGCCUCCACCUCUUCCUCCUCCACCCGGGGCUCUGCGAACGCCUCCACCUCUUCAGCGUGCACCCGGGGCUCUGCGAACGCCUGCUGAGACGCCUGCAGCUGCCGAGUCUUUCAUCCCAAGACAAAAUAUUCGGGAUGGCAUGUUUCAGCAUAUUUUGAGACUACUGGAGGACCUGAAAGACGCUCAAGUGGAACAUGGGAGAAUUCUCCAGGCCCUCGUGCAAAAUCGUCAAAACAUGCCUGACCUAAUUCGCACCACUCCUGAAGGUUUCCCCCUAAAGACAAUUACUGAUCUAAUGUCCAUGGAGGAGAAACUGCAAGACCCCACCUUCAUGGCAGAACUGAUUGCAGCUGUGGCUGACAUUGGAGGGGCCACUGUUGACGGGGCCACCCGCCGUAUGAUGGCCUUCCUCCUUGAACACAAGUUUUCAAGAGGGUUCAACUUCUUGGGAAGAAAUGGCAAGAGGGGCUUCAAGCCCCUCAAGCUGUUUGAAGUCGUUUUAUGGAGCCUUGAAGAAGAACACGAUGACUCGUACCAUCACAAGGAAGGAUGCGGAGAAGGCAGUCCCCAAAUGGCUCAUUAGGGCUAGGGACAGGGGGGGGAAUAGACAGGCCCGUCAGGCCAGAGUAGCAGCUCCUCCAGAAAUGUAAUUUUUUUUUCUUUUUUUUUUUCUUUCACGCAUACAUGCGUGCACGCACGCACGCGCGCACACACACCACACACACAUAAAUGCAGACACACAUGCAGACAUGCAGAUACACGCGCACACACACACACACACCUUUUAUCGGCCCACCUUUUUGGCAGGGAGCCAGGAGUGGGAGUCUGCAUUAACAGCUCCUCCGACUGUACUUUUUCUUUCUUUUUUAAAAUUAAAGCUUGUGUUAACCACA